AUGCAGCUGCAGUAUGCCAGCCUCUUGCCUCCGAACUGGAAGACCAACGUGCUCGCGUGGCUCCAGGAAGACUGCCCGUCGUUUGACUGGGGCGGCUACGUUGUUGGCGAUGCGCCGCGUACAGCGACACUCUGGUGCAAGCAAGAAGGCAUCGUCGCGGGCAGUCCCUUUGUGAAUGCCGUCUUUGACGAGCUGCACUGUCGCAUCACAUGGAACGUCGAGGAAGGGCAAUACCUCACGUCGAAAGACAGUGUCCCCGGCACAUGUGACGGUAAGGUAAAGGUCGCUGUUGCGCAUGUGAGCGGCCCCGUGCGCAACAUUUUGCUUGGCGAGCGCGUCGCGCUGAAUACCUUGGCGCGGUGUUCCGGGAUUGCGACGGCCUCACGGCGUAUGCUUGAUGCUGCGCGGCGUGCAGGCUUCCAAGGCAUUGUUGCAGGCACACGCAAGACCACCCCUGGCUUCCGUCUAGUCGAAAAGUACGGCAUGAUUGUCGGCGGCGUGGAUGCGCACCGCUACGAUCUGAGCAGUAUGGUGAUGCUCAAAGAUAACCACGUCUGGAGCACCGGCUCUAUCCGCAGUGCUGUGGAGGGUGCGCGCAGCGCUGCGGGAUUCUCUGUCCGUAUCGACGUCGAAGUGCAGUCGUACGAAGAGGCCGUGGAAGCCAUUUGUGCCGGCGCAGACGUCGUGAUGCUCGACAACAUGACUGGCUCGGCGCUAGUCCAGUGUGCCAAGCGCCUCAAAGACGAGCUUGCCGGUCCAAAAAGUGACCACCGUGGGUACCGUUUUCUGCUCGAGUCCAGCGGCGGCAUCACGCUUGAAAACCUGAAGCAGGAAGCGCAUCACAAGCGCGAUCCACCAAUCUACCCAGCACAUUGA